AUCGCGACACGAUCGAAAAGGCGCGCAGGGUGAAUGAUGGUGAAAUGAGGAGCAAAAGUUAAAUCGCGUUCGAACUCGCGAAGGUUGAUUUCAAAUUGUGGGUAGCUGUCGUGCCUGCGUAUGAGCGUUAGUGAGUCGGGUAUGGCUGAUGAGCGCGUAUUCGUAUUGUAUUGAGUGCGGUGUAAACAAGGGUUUCGCGUACUCACGUCUCGAGGCAAAACGAGCCAACCGCGGCCGCGUAGGUUAUACUUGUUACGAUAACUGCAAAUUAUAGUUGGUCGUCGGACUGAAGUUUUAGCCGCCUCGCUGAAAUGGGUUCAUCUUCACGUGCGUCGUCAGUAGAAUUAGAGAUUAUGGAGGACGACGACGAGCUGCUCGACGAAGUACUGUGUAUGAACAAUGAGUCCGAGCGAAAUAGCACGAAGAAAAAGGAAGGCAAUGCUUGGUGCGAUGACGUGGAGAAUGCAGAAGACGUUCAUGGGAACGACAAGGACAAUGGGAGUUCAAGCGUGCGGUGUGACAACAUUCGGAUGGAACAUGAAAGCGGUCCGAACAACAUUAAGUAUAAAAACAAUGUGAGGAACAAGCCAGAGGAUUUGUAUACUUUGCGCAAGAGAACGAGGCAGGACAGUGCAGAUCAUGAGCAUGUCAAGAUUUCUCGCAACAGACGCUACUCCAGUGACUCCAGCACAACCACAAAUUCCUCGGAAAAUGACAAGAGGCAUAUAGAAUACGAGACAGAUCCAGUCGUGCUGGCACGUAGGCAAAAAGAGAUUGAUUAUGGGAAAAACACUAUUGGAUAUGACAGAUAUAUCCAGCUGAUUCCCAAGGAGAUGCGUACGCGAGAACAUCCAAGAACACCACCAAAAUAUAUAAAAUAUAGUAGAAGGGGCUGGGACGGUAUGGUGAAAUUAUGGCGGAAACAACUUCACUCUUGGGAUCCUCCUCAGGAAAAUGAUAAGGCUGAUUAGGCUAAAGCUCAUUUCAUCAUUCCGUUCGAAAUACUGCCAAUAUUAUUUCUUUUAAUUUAUAUUGAAAUUGUAUUGUGUUAAUGCCUCUUAUUUUGUUUAUUGCGCAUUGCAUUGCAUCUCUUUUUGAAUCAAUUUUACGAUAUAUUUAUAAGUAAUUUAUAAACAAUUAUAUAAUAUAGAAAUAACAGUGAUUUCUGUUCUGUUCUCUUAUGUAAUUUCAUAAUCGCAUUUUAGAAAGCUUAGUUACAUAAGUAAUUUUGUACAAAUACAAUAUAUAUUUAUAUUAAAUGUC